AUGGCAUCGUUGACGGGCGUUAGAAUUCUCACCCAGAAUAUCAGCUCGGGUGUUAAAAAAUUUUCAUUCCUCAACGGAAGGAGAUUUGGAGCUGUUGCCAAUUUAGCAAGAGCACAGAGGUUCCAUUUACAAGCAAAUGGUUGUAAGUUUGUUGCACCAGUCUGUUCUCAGGGGCCACGAGUCGAGCAGGCACGAUGGUACAGCGGUAGACCACCCUUGACACUCAAUGUCAUUCGUGAAAGAGUACUCUUGGUCCUCAAACUUUAUGACAAAGUUGACCCAUCCAAGCUGACUCUGGACUCGCAUUUCAUGAACGACCUGGGCCUUGACUCCCUGGACCACGUGGAGGUAAUUAUGGCCGUUGAGGAUGAGUUCGGCUUUGAGAUCCCGGACAUGGAUGCCGAGAAACUUAUGAAGCCCGGUGAUAUUGUACGCUACGUCGCAGACAGAGAAGACAUCUACGAAUAG